AUGUCUUUGGAGGCACUUCAUCAAUCCUCCCUCUACGACCACCCCCAGUUUCUCUCCCAGGACAUCACAGAGGCUCUUUCCUCCAACCCCGGACCCUCCCACGGCCCCCACAGGGCUGUGAGAAGCAUACCUAAAAUGAAAAGCUUCCCAGACGAGAUCAUCCUCCACAUUAUCUCCUUUCUGUCUCCUGAAUCCUCGAUCUGGGCAGUAGCACAAACUAGCCGACGUUUCUACGCCAUUUGCUCCCCAUUUCUCUAUCGCUAUAACGUGGUGCAUGGCAAUAACACCGCCUUCGCCUGGGCAGCUAAACAUGGAAAUAUGGUCACAUUCCAAAAGGCAUUAGACGCCGGUGCUCCUUUGCCUGCGAGUUCUGGUCCCGGUCCAACCAAAUAUGGCCCUGUUAUCAAUGCGUACGGCAAAACUAUCCGAGAACGAGUUUACCAGGAUUUCCCAACUCAUCCUGCCUCUCUUGCUGCCACGGGUGGCCACGAGGCGAUCGUGAGAUUCAUGUUUGAACGAGGAGUCAAUGUUGACGUUAGAGAUAGGGAAGGGUUCACGGUGUUGGCCCUCGCUGCCAUUCACGGCCAUACUUCGCUCGUUCGCUUCUUGCUCAGUCAGGGUGCUCACCAGAGCAUCUCCAGUCAUGGGAAUCACUACCCUAUAUGGCUGGCAGCGUUCCAUGGGCAUGAAGGUAUUGUCGCUCUCCUCGUCGCAAACGCUAAGGAACGUUGGGCAGAUGGCUUUAUCGAGCAGAUUCAAGAUGGGCUUUGGGCUGCCAUGAUUGGAGUAAACUGGUACUACGGGAGUCCCAACAUGCCGACCCUCAUCUUCCAAGUAGCUAUAGAUGGGAGGGCUGAUAUGGUUCGACUCCUUCUCCAGCUGGGAGCUGACGUCAACAGUGGUUCUUUACCUCCAGCAGCACGCAUCCGGAAACCUCUCAUGGCGGCAGUAAGACAAGGCCAUCACGAGGUUGCCGAGAUCCUGCUAAAGCGGACACCUGUUAUCCGCACAAGAGCGUUGGCACUAUGUAUGACACUCGGCAACCAUCAAAUGGCAGGAAUGCUACUCAACAACGACACAUUUCCUGAGUUCCACCAGGAGGACAUUCCCGAAGAUGGAGAAGAUGAAGAUGCAGAGGAUUGGGUACAACCAUUACUACUGGCUGUACUCGAAGAGGGCCUGGACAUGGUGAAAAUGAUGCUGGACAAGGGGGCGAAUGCUAACUUGAAGUGUUCAAACGUGCCCAGUUGGAGAUCUGCUGACCCCUACCGCUACGUGCUCUUCUGGGCCGUAGAGCUUGGGCAUGAGAGCUGGCGGGACUUCCAUAGAAAGGACAGCACGGAAUAUCUAGGAAAUCCCGCUAUGGUGAAGCUUCUCCUUGAGAAAGGUGCAGAUCCUAAUCAGGUCGACAUCUACGGUCAACCCCCGCUUAGUUAUGCUAUCAGAGCAGAAGACGAGAUCCUCGUGCAGUGUCUGUUGGAUCAUGGCGCAAAGUUCGAUCUGGCAGUUGAUUAG